UUUGUACACAUUCAUCAUCUUCUUCUUCUUCGCCCAAAUUCAUACAGAUUUCAAUCAUUAUCUGUGCAAAUGCAGCGAUUAUUUAUUGAGAUCGAUUCGAAGCUCUUUAUGUACUCAACACAUAACUUAAAUGAUCGCCAUUUUCCGAGCUCUGAAUUCUGAAACCCUUUUCUUUUGUUUGGCUGUAAUUUUUAUAUAUCGUCGUCGUCGUCGUCGUCUUCCCGGCGGCCGGCCGGCGCCAUGGACUUUCUGGAGAGAUCCGUACGAUUUAUAUCGACAGAUUCUCUCUGCUCGACCAUCGUGGCUCUCUACACUGUUUUAUUCAUCUAUUUCCCUUUUCUGGUUUUCAUCCAGUUCGUGUUCUCCCCCGUCGUUCUCACCACUUUGAUUCUCUUACUCUACCUUCUCAGACUCGGCGCCGCGCAGUCGCGGAUUUCAGAAAUAUCCGAUUUCGAGCCGCCGCUCAGUUCCGGCGCCGCCCAAUUGUCGCCGGAGCAGAUUCCUGAUCAUCAUCCGGAUUGUGAUAAUUGCAGUCGGAUCCAACCGGUUAUGGAAAUUGGACCCUGCUCCGGAUCCAUACCCGACCCGGAACCAUUCGUGGAAUGGGAUGUGAGAGCUCCGCUGGAGGUUAUCUACGAGGAAUACGACGAAGGAGACGACGGCGACGCGGAGGAGACGAGGGAGUCGGAAAGGAAUAUAAUUCAGAAAUACGCGACGUUGUCGUUGUUUUUCCCCGAAUCGGACGGGGACUCUUCGUCGGAGGGAGAUUUUCCGGAGAGUGGAUACAGUUACUCGCCGGAGAGUGGCUGUUUCCGAUGGGAGAAAGAAGAUGAUGAAGCUGCAGAGGGUUUGAUAGAGAUUGAGUUGGACGGGAAGAGCAGAAUGGACGGGGACGUCGCCGACGAGGAGAAUCUGAUCGAGAUCGAUCUUUCUCCGGCGGUAUGACGUGGAUUCCCGGCGAGGUUUUGGUAAAGUUUUCCGAUACGUCCCUGAUUUUUUUUACUAAAUUGAGGUUUUACCGUGUGUACUAUUAAACAAUUAAAUUUAGGGACUAAAUCCAAAGAUACUUAUUUACACAUUCAUCGUGAGAAAAUGUCUCAUCUGUCCCUCACAAUAUCUCACCUUCUUAAUUGAUUUUUCACAUACAGUUUAUGU